AGAGAAGCAAGCGAGCUUUGCAAAUCCAGUUUAGUCCAGCGCUCAUGGACAUCUCCCGCCAAAACAAAAUUCAGAAAUUCGAGGAGUUUGUCGACCAACGCCUCAAACCUGACCUCGUCCGCGCCAUUGCUCAACGGGACAAGGUGUUCGAGCAACAAAAAGUUUUCUCGGAUUUGCGGAAGAACAUUGAGAAUUUGGAGAAAAAUAGUGUGACCAGUCUUAGGAGUUUGGUGAAUCUUGGCUCUGAAGUUUAUAUGCAAGCUGACGUGCCAGAUACACGACGCAUAUUUGUAGAUAUUGGACUAGGAUUUCAUGUGGAGUUCACCUGGUCUGAAGCUUUAAAUUACAUAUCUCAAAGAGAAGAAAAGUUAGCCAGGCAAGUUGAAGAGUGUACUAACCUUAUUGCAUCAAUUAAAGCCCAGAUAAAGCUGGUCUGCGAAGGGAUUCGAGAAUUACUCCAGCUUCCAGCAGAAGCAAAAACUGCCUCAGAGCGCAUUUUUUGACAUCGACAACUUAGUAAACUUGCUGUCUCAUGACUUCCAAGUAAAUCAGACUUGUCUACAGCUGCAUCUUUAAAUUUUUGAUUGAGUGUUGGCAUGAUUCUCUGCUGUUUCUUAUUCUAAAAAUUAAAAGCAUGUGUCCCCUUUGACCUCGUUACAACCCUUGUGGUCGAUUCAGAACUUGCGAAAGUGUGCUUGGCCAUCAGGUAUGUAAAGUAACAUGAUGUUAUGGUAAAAUGGGAGCAUUUAACCUUCCAUAGUUUCUUGAGCUUGAAUUCACUUGCAAACUCAA